AUGAAUGUACCAGCUGAUUUGAGUGUUUAUUUUCCUGAUAUGCCAAUACAAAGGUUAAAUGAUGUGAUGCUCAGACAACUUAAUCCACGAAAAUGUUGGAUUGUUGAAAAAACAAUCAAUAAUAUGGGAGCACUUUCUAUAGCUGCACAAGGAUUAAAACGUGUUCUUACCACCUAUGAUAAGAUAAUCAAUUCAGACGAUGGUCAAGUGCUUUAUUUGUUGUGGAGAAAAAAUCCAAAUAAUAAGAAUGCAAGUGUAAUAAUAGGUUUGUUAAAAAUUGGCUAUAAAAAUUUGUACCUAACGGAUGAAUCUAUGCAAACUUUUCAAGUAUCACCAUUAUGUGUGCUUGAUUUUUAUGUUCAUGAUACUCUUCAACGACAAGGAUAUGGACAUGCUCUAUUUGAUUAUAUGUUAAAACAGGAAAAUUCAUCGGCAGAAAAUGUUGCAAUUGAUAAGCCAUCUCAAUCAUUGUUACAAUUUAUGAAUAAGCAUUAUCAUUUAAAUGAACCAAUAUGGCAAGUUACCAAUUUUGUUGUUUAUCCACCAUUUUUUGAUAAUAUCAAAUUAUGCAAUUCCUCGACAUCCACCAAUAAAUUAUGUGCAAAAUCAGCAAAAGCAGAAAUUGAAAAUGCAAAUAAACAGCAGCAGCAACAGCAGCAGUCUUACGGAACAUCUAACAUUCGUUAUCGUGGACAAGUUGAUAAUCUAAUCCGUGAUAAUGCUAUGAUAGGAAGACGGACCGUUGUGGAUCCGGAAACGGCUCAAGGAAGAAAAAUAUGUCGUGAUUUUGAGCAUCAAUCGAUAUGGUAA